CUUGAAGCUUAUAUGGCAGAGGACAUGUUAGUGAGUGCGAAUCACCAAAUGUUCUCAUUUGUGUGUACUCCAUUCGAGUACCGAGUGUAUGCCGUCCACGCGACAAGUGCGCUUCAAGCUUAUUUGCAGAGGACAAUUAUUUGCUGGCUGCACGAUGGAUCAAGUGAGAUGCAGCAUUCCAAGUCCAGGUAUUCGCUGCUGGGCGCGACACCACAGUCGGCCAGUCGCAGUCAUCAUUGAAGGAAACGGCACAGGCGAUUUCCAUGUAUUGGCAGAAUGACAACUCCCAGUGAACCGUGAGAUUGCAAUCCAUGUGCGACGAUCCAAGGCCCGAAGCUGCUGCUCGUCAUGUCCAGUGCUAUCCGAUGUACCGAUGUAUAAUGGCAACGCAACUGAAUGCACAUUUGGCGUAAUGGCAGAGAAUAUGUUUUUUUGAUUGAUGGCGUGCCAGGACUGUGGAUCAGGAGAGAUGCAGGAAGAUGUGAUGUACAGGCGAGACAGCGGACGGACCGAACAGAGUACUGCUACAGACGCAGUAUGGUGCAAGAACAGAAUGGCAUAAUGGAGUGGCAGUUCGGAGACCAGGUCAUGCAGCGAGCGCAUGCACGUGGUGGUGCGUUAGAAGGCUAUCCAGGAGAGGAGAAGGGUUUUAUGCUGCACAAAGAGACGGCGAGUGGACCCCUGAAACAUACGCAAGGUGGUGUGUUGGAGCGAUGGGCCGGGGGAGGCAUAUGGUAAGAUUGUAUGUAAGCAGACGGCAGAAGAAUUGUACGAAAACAUCACAAUUAAUUGAGAGCAGCAGCAAGCUGCUCAAAUAAAUUUGAAGGAUGAAAAAUAA